ACAAGAAUGGGUCAACUGUGUGGACGAUGCAUGCAGCUGCUGCAGGACUUCGUGGCCUUUGUUCAGAGGAUGUCCUCCAGCUUGGUGCACGGCAUCAAGGAAUGCUUAACUCUGAUAAGCAAAUGCUCCUGCUUAAAACAAAACAGCUCGAAAGCCAGACAGCUGUACAAGCCCAUCCUGCAGCCUCAUGAGAGGGUGACAGCACAGGAGUUUCUGCAGCUUAUUGAAACAGGUUUUGAAAUGUCACCACUUGGAAAGGACCCUCUGGAAGCCUUGAGGACCUUAGCCUUUUCAGAAAACCCAGGUUUACAGCAGUCUGCUGCCCUCUAUUACUUGCAUAUGAGUCAGCACAUGAAUGUCCCCCUGCCUGUGGAACAUCUGGAACCCUUCUAUGCCUUACUACGAUCUGCUGACCUGGAGGUGCAACAGAUGUCUUCCUUGUCCCUUGUCAACUUCUUGCUGGAAGGAAAUAUUGACAAGGAAUUAGUUGUCCAAAUGGGUUUACUUGAGCCAAUUCUGGAUCUACUUGAGUCAGAGGAUCCCACUGUCCAGUGUAAUUCCUGUGCCUGCACCAUGACUUUGGCUGUUUCAGAGUCCAACCAAGAGGCUAUUGGCGCUGCUCGAGGAGUUACACCCCUACUGUCUCUUGCCAAUUCCAAUGAUCCUAGAGUCCAACAAAAUGCAGUUGGUGCUAUUCUCAAUCUCACACGCUCAGAGAAAAUCCAACAGGUCCUAUGCAAGGAAGGAGCCCUACCAGUUCUUGCCUUGCUGCUGGAAUCUCCUGACUCAGAAGUGCAGUAUUACAGCUGUGCUGCCCUAAGUAACGUGGCAGCCAACGUUCAGCACCAUGAAGCCAUGCUGAGACCCGGCAACAGAUUCCUGCUACGGACACUCAUCUCUCUGCUAUCCUCUUCUGUCGACAAGGUUUCAAGCCAGGCAUGUGUUUGCCUAAGAAAUUUGGCUACCAGUGCGGACAUCCAGGCCGACAUGGUUGCUGAGGACAUCCUGCCCAAGCUGUGCUCUCUCCUGGUAUCUGGCAGCAAGGACGUGCGUCACGCCUCCAUCGCCCUGCUCUGGAUACUGUCCCAGCACCCGCACAACCAGGACGCUCUGGCAUGUGCCGAGCUACUACAGAGCCUGGGGAUGCUACUGUCAGUGCAUAAAAGAGACCCUGUGAUCGUUGGCCAUGCUGCUUGUAUCAUCAAAAACCUGAGCCUUUCCAAAAACAGACAGAGAGUCAUUGAGAGCCCAUGUGUUGAAGGUCUCCUCCAGACCAUGCUUUCUACCGACACUCAAGAAGACUCUCUUCAUUAUGUGACAUCUUGCCUCGCUGAGCUAGCAAAGCAAGAAGGAGCCAUGUUACGCAUGGUCCAAUGGAUGAAUGAACCCUUGACAAAGUGCUUGGUGAGACUGGCUGGCCAACGGGAACAUACUGAGCCAUCCUUUCAAGCUGCCUCCAUCAUCCAGCACAUGAUAGGUCACGAAAAAAUGAUGCUUUUGUUGAAGCGUCACAUCGGAGAGAUUCAGGCCUACCUCAAGAAUUUUCUUACCCACCAAGAGAUCCGCUUUCAGCAGCUGGGCAUCUCUGCCUUCUGCAGACUGCGAGAAGAUCCAGAAUUUUCAUUAGCAUUCAGAAAAAGCCAAAUGGCCAAACUCCUUGAGCAAGUCCGUCAACAAACAGAAGAAACUCAAGAGCUCCUUAGGGCAGCUAUUUGCCACGAAGACAGUUAAUAUUUAAGCCGCAUGGCUUAUGAAAACUUACCAGA